AUGGUAUCAUUAGAUUUGCACCCAUUUACUUUAAUUGUGGGAUUAUUGGUGAUUCUUAUCAUCGAUAAUGUCAUCAAAGCUAUGGGUAAGAAGAACUUAGAAGAUAUUGUAUGGGUCAUUUAUUGUAAAAUAGCUGGAUCUUUAGGUAAUUCAAAGAUUAAAGCUAUUAAUGAAAAAACUGUUGAAGCUGGGAAAAUCAAUAAAGAAAGAAAAUCUAUAAGUGCCCAAGAUCAAUAUGCUAAAUGGACGAAAUUGAAUCGUCAAUUUGACAAAGUCAAUGAAGAGAUUAAAACUUUAACUAAUGAGUUGGCUUCUGAUAAAGCCAUGAUAACGAAAUAUUUAACUGCUGUUAUAAAUAUUUUAACUUCAUGGCCCUUAUGGUUUUCUAGAUUCUGGUAUAGAAAGAAGGUGCUUUUCUUUUUACCUCCAGGAUUAUUCCCGUAUCCAUUAGAAAGAAUACUUGCCUUACCAUUUACAGUUUUAGGAGGUGUUGGAUUGACAGUGUGGAUGUUUGCUAUCAGAAAUGUUAUAUCUUCAGUAAUAUUCAUGGUAUGUUUCCCAUUCGAAGAAACUGUUGAAAAACCUGUUAAAGAGAAAAAAGAAGAAAAAGUUCAAGAACUUUAG